AUGAGUUCUUACAAUACAUUCAGUCAGUUCUCUUCUAGUUAUGUAGACCUUCUCAACAGUCAAGGCGAUACUCUUAACCUAGAUGGUGCUUACGAAGUUCCUCCUUACUCGUCUCAAGAAUCUCAUCAGGAUGUACCUCUUUCUCAAGAGACACCUGUCAGGAAGGAUAUGAAGAAAUGGAAUCCGGCUGAUGAUGAAGCUCUUAUCAGUGCUUGGCUGAACACUUCAAAGGACCCUAUUAUUGGAAAUCAACAAAAGGGAGGAAUCUUUUGGCAAAGGGUUAACAAAUAUUAUGCAGAGACUCCUCAUGCUGUAGCCAAUGGUGAACAGGGGAUGAACAUAAACUGUAAGCAGAGGUGGUUUAGGAUCAAUGAGUGCACCAACAAGUUCUGCGGUGCUUUCGCAGCUGCGGAAAGACUAAACAGUAGUGGACACUCUGAGAACGAUGUGCUGAAGAUGGCCCACGACAUCUAUUUCGCUGAACAUAACACGAAGUUUACUAUGGAGCAUUGCUGGUGUUUGUUAAGGUUUGAGCAAAAAUGGCUGAACCUUAACACUAUUAACAACCCUUCAACUUCAGUCAGAACAAAGAGGAAAUCAGUUGCUGCAUCUUCACAAUCCGAGGCAUCUUCACAAUCCGAGUCAGCUUCACAAUCCGAGCCAGCUUCACGGUCCGAGUCAACCCAUAGUGAACAAGACUUUGAGAUUAGGCCUCAAGGUAUCAAGACUGCAAAGGCCAAGAGGAACACUGCUCAGGGGAAGGCUCUCGCUGAGUACAAGACCAUGUGGGAAGUAAAGAGGGUGGAUAUGGCUGAAAAAGAGAAGCUACAGAAGCUUGGCAUAUUAGACACACUUCUUGCCAAACCAGAGCCUCUUAGUGAAGCUGAUCAACUUAUCAAGGAUAAGAUAGUUGCUCAGUAUUUCUAA